AUGGACCGUGACGUGGUGUACCGCGUGACGUGGACCGACGACGUGGGGAAGAAACGCCCGCGACGGAUGGACGGCGCGUGCGUCGUGCGCGGGGACGUCGCGACGCUGUACGAGACGACGACGGAUGCGCAGGGCGAGGAUGGGCGCGGACGGCGCGUGACGCGGGCGCGCGUCGAUGGCGCGCGCGAGGCGUUCGAGAUCGGGCGCACCGUGCGCUUGGGGGCGCGACACGAGGUCUACGUCGAUGACGUCGUCGGUGGAAACGCGGUCGGUGCGCGGACGACGGAUGGGGGUGGAGGGGACGGCGCGGCGGCGCGGGCGAAGACGCACCGGUUCACCAAUCGAGCGUUUCGGAAAAAGUUCGUGCCGCCGAUGUUGAAAAGGACGACGGGCACGGUGGAGGGUAUGGUGGUGGGUGGUGUGACGCGCGUGGAAGGGAUGGGUGACGCGGUGGGGACGAGGGAGGGUGAUGAGAGGGAGAAUGAACCGAUGAGCGAAGUGGCCAAGUUGUUGUUGGCGCACGACGGGGAUUUAGACGUCGCGUUGGAUCAGUUCGAGCGCCAACGCGCAGCCGUGGAGGCGGGUCCGUCGAAGAAAACGGUCGGGGUUCGGACCGGGGCCAAGGCGGUGACGGCGAGUGCGCCCGUGGUUCGCGAGAAGAAGGCACCGGAGAGGCGGCGCGCGCGCGUGCCGUCUGCGGCGCUCUCGACAGAGGUGUGCGUCAAAUUUCCGCCGCCCGAUUACGUCGGUUUGACAUUCAGUAAAAAUCACCAAUUUACCACCAUUCGCGAUUAUCAGUCGCACUUCGUGACGGCGAUGUGUGAGAAUUUAACCCUGCGUCUGCGCGACGUCGCUGGCGUGAUGAAAAAAUUACGCGACGACGCGACGCAGUCAAAGCGAGAACUGCAACAACCGGAGAUCCUGCAAAAGGUCAUGUGGCAAAGGUACAAAUUGCGUUAUUUCACCCAGUGUGAGAUCACUUCUAGGAAGUGGUUCGACAAGGAGGAGGGCAAGGAGAAGACGUUCAUCAGAAUGACAGUCCACGAUAUCAAAGCUAUCAAAGGUCCAAAGAUUUACGCCAAGGGCGAUUUGUGGGUCGUCAGCACAGAGGCGUCUUUCAACGUCGAGCCGUUGCGAACAGUGGGCGAUCGGUAUCGAGCGCCGUGGGUGGGUGUUGUGCAGAACGAGUGGCAUGGGUUAAAUCAGAACGGGCAAACGGAGGUGCGCCUGUUGAGUCCGCGACCGCCAGCGCUCGGCGACAACAGCACGAUGAAACUGUUCGCCAUACACUCGUCGCUGAACGCCUUCUCAGAGGCUGAAGAGAUCGCCAAUAUAUUGGCUCUCGGGACAAAUGAGCCGUCGCCGUUGAUCGAUUGGGUGCUUGGCAUCCCCCCACGGGUCGAACUCGAGGAAGAACAGGAGCUUUACUUGAAGGACGGGGACAUCGGAGUCUCUGCAUUGCAGCGUCGAUUCAAACUCAACGACGACCAAGCUCGAGCUAUUUCGGGCGCACUCGCGAGCGCCACGGGUAUUUCGAAUCUACCCGUCCGUCUCGUUCACGGGCCGUUCGGAAGUGGCAAGACGCACACGAUCGCCGCGUUCGUCAUCAAGGCCGCUGAGCUGUUGAAAGCUUCGAAUGGGCGCAUAAUGAUCAGCGCGCAUACGAACGUCGCCGUCGAUCGAGUUUUGCAAAAACUUCUAGAGCUAGGGUUCACGGACUUCGUUCGUGUCGGUAGCGUUCGGAAGAUCGACCCCACAAUCCUGCCGCACUCGGUCCACGCGAAGACGAGCGUUCACGGUGCAUCGCAAGUGAAAGAGCUUCAAGCCAUGCUUGCUGAGGCCACGUCUGCACGAGCAAAGGUUAUUCUGCAGCAAGAAAUCGAAGCCCUAUCCACGGUGGGGAAAGUCGCCGCACGGAAAGCGUUACUUAAGAAGUGCCUUGUCGUCGGAGUGACGACUUACUCGUCCACGCACAAAGAUUUGACCGACAAGAAGUUUGACGUCGUUGUCCUCGACGAGUGCUCACAAAUGACCGAGCCGAGUAGUUUACUUCCGGUGAUACGCACGCGAUGCAAAUCCGUCGUUGCUGUAGGUGACCCUCAUCAACUAUACCCGGUGCUCGAAACUGUUCGAGAAGAAAUCGAGAACGCGUCUUCUCAGGUGACACGCAAUCCACUUCAAAUGACGUUGUUCUCGCGUCUGAGCAAAGCCGGCUAUCCCAAGGUCACGCUGCGCACUCAGUACAGACUCCAUCCGAUGAUCUCCGCCAUUCCGAACAAGUGUUACUACGACGGAAUGCUGCUCGAUGGUGUAGAUGCAAUGGAUAGAGCGAGCUUGAUUGAUAUAUCUACCGGUGGUGUGUUACCUCCGAUUGUCUGGUGGGACACCAACGGCGUCGACGAAAAGGAGGGCCAGAGCAAACUGAAUGUCGCGGAGGCUAACCGCGUGAGCGCCAUCUUGCAUCGUCUGUUGGACAACGGUAUUUCUGCAGAGAAGAUUGGUGUCAUCGCUUUUUACGCCGCGCAAGCGUCGUUCGUGACGAUGAAACUUAAAGAAUGCUUGAAGUCCGAUGAGCCUUAUGUCGCGGAAGGCGAUGAAGACGACGAAUCUUUCGCUCCGUCGGACGUCCAGGUGAGCACUGUGGACGCGUUUCAGGGUCAAGAGAAAGAAGUCAUAGUAUUCACGCUAUGUGGUGCCCCGAUGUCAUCAUUCACCACUUCUGAGCGACUGAACGUCGCGAUCACUCGAGCGAAGAGACACCUCAUCGUCGUCGGUGCUGCUGGAAUGGGGCAAAAAUCAGGCGUCGAGGCGUGGCUGGAAAUUUUGAAGCGCGCGCGAAGCACUCCGAACGGUUAUCUUCCGUCUAGCGCGCGCACAGAAUGCGUAUUGGGAAAGUGGAGCGCCAGCGCUCAAGGGACAGUACCGGAUAUUAUACUUUCUCCGGGGUUUGAACCCGAGCUGUCGCCAAGUUUCGCGAGUGACCGCCAAGUUUUGCUUCGACUCGGUUUCGAUCAGCGAGCGUACUGGUCGUUCUAUUGCGCCGCCAUGCGAGCCUUCAAUUACAACCAUGACAAAAGUCGGGACAUCAUCGCCGGCGCUCCCGUCAUCAGGUUUAUUCGUCGCUCGUAUCCUCAAAUCUUCGAUUCGAGCGGCGACGUCAAGUGGCGCUCGACGAAGGCUAGAAAAAUGUUCACUAUCGACGCCCUUGGUUUGCUCCGCCGGUUCAUCGAGCACGAGUACGGCGAAGACUGGGGCACGUCUCAAAAACUCAUCGACUCGUUCGAAGACCGAGAGGACUUCGAGCGUGAUCCCACGGGUUUCGGAUGGUUGUGUCUUCGCGAGGUCACCGGUUCCGUCGGCGCGGAGCGCUUCGCGAGCGCCGACUUCGUCCCGACCUCCGAAGCGUCCGACGACGACCUGAAGGACGACUCCGAGGACGCACCAUCACCAUCACCGAUCACCGCGCCGUACCAUUCCAACGACUCCGGCUCCGAAGACGAUUCAUGGGACCGCCCGUAG